GGCCGCACGGCCCGCUGAGCUGCUUUCCCCUGGUUUACCCCUUGCUCUCUGGUGCCAGCUGCAGCCUGGCCUGCUCCGUUCCUCCGAGUCCCUAGCAGGACACUGCUGUGCGUGCUGCAGCCCUGCUGUGCAGUACAAGGGUUUGCUUGGUCUGUGAGUCCCAGCUCCCCAGACAGCGGGGGGACUGCUGGGGGUGAGGUGCAGCUGGAGGUGACUGAGCUGAUCUGUUACCCCCCACCUUCCUGGAUUGUUUAUCUAGCCUGAGUCCAGAUUACUGCCUAGGGGUAGGAACCUUUCCUGUGAGCUGCCCCUGGGUUAGGUGCCAUGAACACCCCUUGGCUUCACCCUGCUUGUAUGUAACGUCUCCAUUCUCCCAGCUGUGUUGCUGUCCCUAUCACGUGCCUUUGCUCUGGCUGCUUUAUAAACAGGAGCUGGGUGGCUUUUUUUUCAGUCCAUUCCCCCUGCUCUGUGCUGGGCCUCUCAGUGCUGUUUUGGCUAGGGAAGUCCCAUGCUGCACUGUGCAGCUGGGCCCAGGAGCAGACCUUGCUGGGUUCGGACUAGCCUGCAGCUCUGUUUUCAGUGGCACCCCUCCCUCCAUCUAUCGCGCUGGUAGAGGCACUCCUUCCCACAGUAUCUUCCUGCCAGCAGGCGCCCAGGAGAGAGCGUGAGCUCCCGCGGCUGGUUAUUGUCUGUGGGCCGGGGGCCUUGGCUGGGUCCUGUGUCCACAAGGGCUGAGCCCCUCAUUGCGAUGAGCAGCAGAAGCAGCUGCUGGCUGAGGGAAGAGGAUGAACCAUGGAACUAAGUCUGUACAGCAUGACCUGAGCAAUGUCCCUGCCCCGGCUGCAGUGCUUGGGGUAGCUAAAGCCAGACCCAGCAGGGCCCAUGUCUGCCCUGGAGCCCAUCACCAUUACGGCCCUGCUUGGCCUGGCUCCUGGAAGCUGAUUAAUAUUCAGGAGGUGGGCGUAGCCUAGGGCAAAUUGUCCUGAAGAAACAGCCACCGGGUGCGUCCUAAGGAGCGAACAAGCAAAUGGGCAGGGCUCGCACGCAAGGAAGCGGGGUCGUGGGCUCAGCAAUAGGCGUGUGCGGGGCGGGGCUCGCACGCAAGGAAGCGGGGUCGUGGGCUCAGCAAUAGGCGUGUGCGGGGCGGGGCUCGCACGCAAGGAAGCGGGGUCGAGAUUCCGACUAUUUAUGUAACCGGCCCAGAGGGGAUUAGCUGCGCCGGGCGCAGCGGCCUCUGCUGCCAGGACGGGCCGGGGCCGGGGCCGGGGCCGGCGCAGGAAGGAGACGCGAUGGGAGCUGCCAGCAGCGAGCCCGAGCCUCCGCCGGGGCCCCGCCAGGGCGGUGGCCUCGCAGCCGAGGUCUCCUGGGUCCGGAGCUGGAAGAGCGUCUUGGCUGGCAUUGGGGUGACGGUGUCAGGGCUGGAGCGCAACUUGGCCGCGAGGAGGUACCUCCAGCAGCAGCGAGGCCCGGGCGAGAAGCUGCCCCAGCUCGGGGAGAAGGUGGUGACGGGGUGGCCAGUCCCGCAGUUCAUCUCGCUCUUCCUCCCAGAGUUCCCCAUCCGGCCCCCCCUGGGACAGCAGCAGCUCAAGAUUCUGGGCUUUGUUGCCAAGGGCUCCUUCGGGACAGUCCUGAAAGUGCUGGACUGCGGGCGGGAGAAGGUCUUUGCUGUGAAGGUGGUCCCCAAAGUGGAGGUGCUGCGGCGUGACACCCUGAAGCAGUGCAAAGAGGAGGUCAGCAUCCAGAGGCAGGUCAGCCACCCAUUUGUUCACUGCUUAGGGGACAGCUGGCAGGGACAGCGGCAUCUCUUCAUUAUGUGCACAUACUGCAGCACCGGAGACCUGUACACGCUCUGGGCCUCCUCCGGGUGCUUUGCGGAAGCCACCAUUCGCCUGUUUGCAGCUGAGCUGGUGCUGGUGCUGGGUUAUCUCCACGACCUGGGCAUUGUGCACCGAGAUGUGAAGAUGGAGAACGUACUCCUGGACGAACGUGGGCACCUAAAGCUGACAGAUUUUGGGCUUUCGCGCCACCUGCGCCGAGGGGAGCGGGCUUACACCAUCUGUGGGACCCUGCAGUACAUGGCCCCAGAAGUGCUGAGCGGAGGCCCCUACAGCCAUUCUGCUGACUGGUGGUCUCUGGGCAUCCUGCUCUUUACUCUGGCUACUGGGAAGUUCCCGGUUCCUCCUGAGCGAGACCACCUGGCCAUGCUGGCAAGUGUGAACCGCUGCAGCUACGAGAGCCCGAGCUCCCUGAGCCGGGGACUGUCCCUCCUGCUCAGCGAGCUCCUGUGCCGAAACCCCCUGCGGCGCCUGCGCUACCUCCACCACUUCGAGAGCCACCUCUUCUUCCGGGGAGCGACCUUUGACGCCGAGCUCCUGCAGAAGCAGCCGGUGGACGUUGUCGUGGCUGCACGGCAAGUGGAGCAGGCGGCCCUGGAACCAUCUCUCGCCUUUGCAGACUUCGACUGUGACCUCCUGGCCGCCCUGAGCCGCCCCUGGCCUGGCUGAGGCAGAGCUGACCCUGCUGGAGCUCCAGCCCCGUUCGAGGCUCCAUCGCCUUACUGUUGGCGGGCUGUGACCAGGCCCCCGGGGGCCAGCCAGGAGCCCCAUUCUGUACGCUCAGGAACCCCCCUAGUGCAGCGCUCCAGCCCAGCCCCAGCCGUCUCAGGGAGAGCAGCAAAGGGCACCCAGCCCCCUGCCCAGCAGCGGCUCCCCUCAUUGGUGGCCCCUGUUCCCAGGCCAGGCUGGGGGCCCCCCCUCAGGUUAGACUCGGGCCGGGCCGGGCCGGGCUCGUGCACCCCCGGGGCCUGGCGGCGGGACCCCCGCGCCGGGCUGCACCUGACCAAGCAAUAAAGGGCGUUUCCCCUG